ACAGAGAGAAAUUAACAGUUAGUGAAAGAUGUAAAAACAAAGAAUUAGCUGUCUAAAUCUGAGCACAUAAACCAACAAAUCUUUUACUAACACCUCUCUUCUUUCUUUCAUUAGUUUUUGUUUUAUGGGAUUCUGCAAAAGAUUGGCAGAGACAAAUAGCUGCACACAUGCAGCAGUUUUAGCCAUAACAUUUCAGCAUCCCUGAACCUAACAGCAACAGCACUUACAGCAGCAUCUGCUGCUUCAGAGUUGCAGUCAUAAUUUCUGCAGUAGACUUCUGCAUUUCAUAGCAUACCCCCCUUCUCUUCUAGAGAGAUAAACUCAAAUCUUAGAGAGAGAAACUAAACCCAAAAAAAAUUAAUUUUUUUUUUAUAAAAAAUGAGGUGGGUUACAGUAACAGUAACAGCAGUAUAGCAGCAGAACCUUUGCUCAUCUGAACCAUUAGUUUUAUCCAUGUACAGAAGAUUCUGCCAAACACUCCCUUCUUUCUCUCUCUAAUUUCUCUCUCUAAGUGGUCUCUUAAAAUAAAUAUUUCCUCCCCCUCCUCUUAAAUAUUCCCACUUCACUUCAAUUCACACUACUUCCACUCUUCUUUCUCUCUCUCUCUUCAAAAGAAGCUAUCUUUUUUCUUUUUUUCACUUCCCCUGUUUUUGCUUGCUCUGUUCUUACAAUUUCCCCUGUUUUUUUUGCUCAAAAAAUCACAAAGUUUUCUUACUUUCUGUGUUAAAUUUAUCACAAUGAGUACUAGUACUGCAACUGCAACAGCAGCAUCAGGAGGAAGAACAAAGUUCCCAUUUACAGCAACUCAAUGGCAAGAACUUGAACACCAAGCUCUAAUCUACAAAUACAUGGCUGCUGGAAUCCCUAUUCCCUCUGAUCUCCUCUUCACCGUUAAGCGCAGCCUCGAUUCAUCGAUUUCAUCCAAGCUAUUCCCUUACCAACCUUCCCCUUUGGGAUGGAAUCCGUAUCAAAUGGGGUACGGUAAAAAAAUCGACCCAGAACCAGGAAGAUGCAGAAGAACAGAUGGUAAAAAAUGGAGGUGUUCAAAAGAAGCAUACCCAGAUUCAAAGUACUGUGAAAGGCACAUGCAUAGAGGCAAGAACCGUUCAAGAAAGACUGUGGAAUCAUCACCUUUGACUACUGCAAAUUCAAAUUCUUCAAAUAAUAAUAAUAAUAAUAAUAAUAAUAAUAAUAAUAGUCAUAAUAAUAAUAAUAAUAAUAUUAGUAUUAGUAGUAAUAAUAAUUGUUCAACUACAAAUUCAUCACUGACAGUUGCAUCAGCAGCAGCAUCUUUGACCAAUCAAUCACUUCUCAGUAAAAACCCUUGUUCUGUUUCUUCUGCUUCUCUGUUUUCUCUCCCUUCUCCUGAUUCCUCUUGUAAUUCUCUUUACCCUCCUUUCAAAAACAAUCACAAGGACUAUAACAGGGAAAGGUAUUACCAAGGGUUAAAAGAGGAAGUGGGGGAACAUGCAUUUUUCACAGAAAGUUCAGGAUCAAGUAUGAGAGGAUUUUCAGGAUCAUCAAUGGAAGAAACAUGGCAACUAGGUAACUUAGAUCAUCAUCAACAACAUUCAAAGCAAAGUGGUGGGUAUCCCAAUUACUUGCAGCAGCUUAACAAUGGUAGUGCUGCUGCUGCCGCCGCGGCGAAGCAGCAACAAGAGAAGCAAUGCUACAUUUGGGGUAUAGAUUUUAACUGUGAUUUAUCAAUGAAAGUUGAAGAUGAAAGAGAGAAUUUUCAUGAAAAAACAACCCAUCAUUUCUUUGAUGAAUGGCCUAUAAAAGGUGGUGGUGGAAGAGGAGGAAGAGAUAAUUCAUGGCUUGAUUCUUCAUCAACUACACAGCUUUCUAUUUCCAUCCCUAAUUCUUCUUCUCAUCAUCAUGACUUUUUCCUCGCAAAUUCUAGGGAAACUUAAUUAUAAUUGAUGGAGUUGAGAAUUUCAAGAGCUGGGUGUGAGUGGGACUCUGAAUCAAAGGUCACCAGAAAAAGAGAGCUGUUACUGAAAUUUGGUGGGUGGGGGUCAGUCAGUCUGCUGUUAAUUUUUUUUUAACUUUUUCAUUUUAUUUUACUUUAGGUUUUUUUUUUUUUUUUUUUAACUUUUGCGUAUUUCUGUUUCAAUCUCUGUAAGUUGUGGAGUGAUAGGACUUGGUACUGGACUGUGGAAGAAGACAAUGUAUUUUCAUUGGAAGUUUUCUGAAAAGUGUGACUGACUCAAAUUAUGUGCCAA